CAUCCAUCACACCCGUCAUUUGUCUCCUCAGGCAUUGUCAUGGUUCAUCAAAGCGACACUCAUGCUGAAUCGAUGGUUAGCGCGCUCCUGAACUACUACCUGGAGAAGUGGCAGUGAAGCAGCAGCUCCCUACAACACCCCAAUAUCGCAACCGUCCAUCUCAGCCCUAUGCUUCCUUCCGACGACGAUUGCGAUGCGUGCGCCCCCGACUGGGCCAUCAAACGGAGCCCAACCGCGGUAGCGAUCGCCGGCCUUCCUUUCGUGUUCACCUUUCUCAUCGUCGCUGUCGCCGUAUCGCACAAGCUGUUCCCACUCCUUUCAGGACAUGCACAUCUUAAACAUCAUGACGGCCAAUUACCCGGCUUCGCAUGGCGCGAAAAGACAUCCGUACUCAAGAAACUGAAGAUAACGGCGCGAUCGCUAGCUAGCGCAGCCUUUUCAACGAACAUCGCCCUCUCUGCGGUCCUGGUCGAGCUCAUCCUAUGCGAAAUCUCGAAUACCGUCAACCCCGCGACACGAACCCUAGCUUUGAAGAUUACCCUACCUUCGCUACUCUUCCUCCUCAUCAUUGCGACGCCUGCGCUGAUCAUACAUUCGGUGAUAGCGGACGCGGGAUGGGGUUUAGGCGGCGGGCAACGACACCGGAGAAUCGCGUGGAUAUUGGAGGUUUCUGGCCUUGCGCUAUGGCUUGGAGGGUUUUGGUAUCUUGGGAGGGGACUGUUAGGGACUUAUCUGCACGAAGAGUCAUAUGUUCACGAGCACACCUUCAGCGAAGGCUGCCUCGAGAGAAUAGGCGUCAUUGGUAUAAGUCUGAUGGCGUCGCUUGCUGGAUUCGCUGCCGUGAGUUCAUUAUGGCAGACGUUUGGCGUCAAAUACCGCCCAGUCACGGAGUCCGACAUUGCUCGAAAGCAAGCCGGCCUCGAUGCGACGAACGAUAUGCUACUGACGAAAGAGAGUCGAUUACGCGCCGUACAGCGAAAGCUCUCCGAUGGCCCUCAGGAAGGCUUCAUGACCCGCGUUGUAGGCAGCAUCCGAGGAAAUCCGGAUGUUCAAGAACGCAACACUCUUCAGCUCGAGAUACAGGGACUUGAGGCUAUGCGCACUACUCUUCAAAACUCGCUCACAGUCCUACAAAACCGGCGGCAUACUCAAAUGCGCUCACAUACUGCGUAUGGCCGACUUCUGAACCUCUUUUCCUUCCUCUUCUCCAUUUACUGUUUCUACCGAAUCACUGCGACGACGUUUACGACUUUACGCCGCUUCUCUUCACCCAACACCAGCUUCUCGAAUACCGAUCCAAUCAACAACUUCCUCGCGAUUUUAGCAAAGCAUUGGGAUCCUACAAUAGACCGCGUUGCAUGGAGCCGCACGAUAUCCUUCCUCCUCUCGGGAAUCAUGCUUCUUGCAUCCUUCAACAGCGUCGUUCAGACCUUCUUCCUCUUUGCACGCGUUCUACCAGGCAUCCUCCACCAUGCACGCGCUAACUUCGCGCUCCUGAUCUCCCAAAUUGCGGCGACAUAUGUCAUAAGCUCGGCGCUCCUCCUGCGGAGUAACCUUCCAGUCGAGAUGAAGAGUGCAAUAUCAGACGCACUGGGUGCGCCGCUGGAACCCGCGUUUACGGAGAGGUGGUUCGAAGGGUGGUUUUUGAUGGCUAGUGCUUUUACGGCGUUUGGGUUAUGGGCCGGGAAGAGGCUCAAAGGCCAGGGGUGGGACGACGAUGACGACCUGGGCGAUGCAGACGUGGAGAUGGGAAAGUUGAAUUGAAGUGUAUCAUUAUUGUACGGGAAAUGUUAGUAUUUGACUAGGUAGCAUAGUAUAUAUGAAGUAUAAGGGUAC